AUGAAAAAACUAAUAAACUUGCUUUUACCCUAUUGCACCCACAACAAUGUCUUAACUCCACAUUUGACUCUAAAAAAAAAGGCGGCGUUUUUUUUCUUUUAUUUUGACCGCUACAUUUAUUCUCCCCUGCUGCACACACUACUGAGCGGAAAAAAUGUGAUAGAGAAAAACCGAAUAAAAAAAAUCAGCACCAAUGGCGUAGCAGACGAGUUCGGUUUGGCAUGCCAAAGCAGUCACGAUGUAGACAAUCGAACUGGUAAAAAUGGAGAACAUACACAUGACGACAAGCUCGAGGAGACGAACGCCAUAUGGCCACAAGGAAUAUCCUACGUGACACCCCUAGAAAUAAAAAAAAAAGAACAAUUGCAAAAUAAAAAAUUCAACGUUAUAUACAUUGGACACAUGAGUAUCUUAAUUCAAAUGGCCAAUUUUAAUAUUUUAGUAGAUCCAGUAUUGUCUAACCGAAUUGGUCUCUUCAACCUAGUGGGUGUGAAAAGAACAGUAAAGGCAGGAAUAAGUUUCGAGCAUCUACCAAGUAUUGACUUCAUCCUGCUCAGCAACAACCGAUUUGAUACGAUGGACAAAAGUACACUCAAAAAAAUUGUACUCAGAGAUAACAGCAUAGUUAUUGGUGGUAUGAACAUUCGAAGAUAUUUAUUUAAAAGAAAUUUCCCUGUGGUGUAUCCCCUAAAUUGGUUUAACAAAUUAGAAUUUGAAAAUUUAUCCUUUUACUAUUUACCCACCUUAACAAAUAGUCAUCGGUAUAUUGUGGACAAAAAUGUUUACCUUCCAGGGUCCUUCUUAAUACAUGAUAAUAAAACGAAGGCAACCAUUUUUUAUAGUGGGCAUUCUGCGUAUUCGAAUCAUUUUUUGCAGAUCAAAAGUUUUGUUAACACUAUUUUAAAAAAGGAAACCAUCGAUUUGUCCAUCUUACCCAUUGGCAUUUACAAGCCCAGUGCAUUAUAUGCCCACUUUCACAUGUCCCCUGAGCAGGCCAUACAGAGUCACCUCGAUUUAAAGAGCAAAGCUGCGCUGGGCGUGGGCAUGGACGUUUUCUGCUUAGGCGGGGAAAAGUACAACGAAGCUACCACGGAGUUGUGGAAUCGCUUGGCUAUGUACGAAAGUGAACGGAAGGAAAAAAUUAACUUUGUUACAUUACAGCCGGGGCACAGCAUCACCUUAUGA